UCGGAAAAUCCUGCUCGGUGUCGCUGCUGAGGAUUCAUCACAUCAGACGACGCAUUUAUCUCCAUAUCACGCACUUUAGUUUAACACACGACGACAGUCUGAUGUGUGGCUUUGUUUAGUGUUCGUCAGGCGGAACCCGAGAUCUGCAGGCGAGCGAUCCAGCCGGACGCGUUCAGAGCCGAAUAAACAGUACAUGGUGUGGUUUGAUGAUAGACACAGACGCAGGAUUAUGUUCAAAAAUACAUUUCAGAGCGGAUUUCUGUCCAUCCUCUACAGUAUCGGCAGCAAACCCCUGCAGAUAUGGGACAAGAAGGUCAGAAACGGACACAUAAAGCGCAUCACAGACAAUGACAUCCAGUCUCUGGUGCUGGAGGUAGAGGGAACCAAUGUGAGCACCACAUACAUCACGUGUCCUGCAGACCCAAAGAAAACGCUCGGCAUCAAGCUGCCUUUCCUCGUCAUGAUCAUCAAAAACCUCAAGAAGUAUUUCACAUUCGAAGUUCAGGUUCUGGAUGAUAAGAACGUGCGGCGGCGGUUCCGAGCGAGUAACUAUCAGAGCACCACGCGUGUGAAGCCCUUCAUCUGCACCAUGCCCAUGAGGCUGGACGACGGCUGGAACCAGAUCCAGUUCAACCUGUCCGACUUCACCAGGAGAGCGUACGGCACCAACUACAUCGAGACGCUGCGAGUGCAGAUUCACGCAAACUGUCGCAUCAGGAGGGUUUAUUUCUCAGACCGGCUGUACUCUGAGGACGAGCUGCCUGCUGAAUUUAAACUCUAUUUACCAGUACAGAACAAAGCAAAGCAGUGACGGCAGGAUUUCUCCACGCUUCUCGAUCUUUCUGUUGUUUUUUUCAAGUGUUGUUUCGCAUCUGUGUGACUGCUUUCCUUCUGAUGAAUAAAUAUUUUAUAUGCACAUAGUGAA